AUGGGUCUUUGUGGAAUUGCACUUCUCUCCGUGGCGAUGGCCCUAUUCGGCCUUUUCCAGCCCAUCGCCCUUACGGGCCUGGGGACUUACAGACUCCCAGAACGAAUGGAGCUCAUGACCGACCAUCUGAGAGAACUUCUCGAUGCUGUCUCCAUCAGUGUAACCAACGGAACUCUGAAAACCAAACGGUGGCCGGCCCUGUCGACGCAGAACGUGGCUCUCUUGACAGCUGGGGAAGUAAUCCCUUCAGAGCCUAACCAGAUACCCUUAGAAACUGACCGACCCUCCUGCGUGUCAGAAGAAGGCCAGUCUUCCUUCACGGAGUUUGAUAUUCUUAGUUCCACACCUUACCACCAACUCGGGCAGCUCUUUCAUUCCUAUGAUAUCGAAAACAUCCUGCCUCUGCACAAUGUAACCUUCCCACUCAGUUCCGUCUGGAUCUGGCCCACGCUAUUCUUCAUCGGCCUUUUCGCGUUCCGGAUGUUUACUGGCGCCGCCCGCCAAGAGAGAUACCGGCAGCUCGCAGAGGCUGAAAUUAUUGACUUCAUCACUGCUAUUCAAGCCCGCAAGGCUCUCAUCCUGGAGAGAAUGAACCUUACUGCGUCCGAGACAGAUGCGCAAAUCGACAAGGUCUUUGCACAGCUCACUACCGAUUUGGCCCAACUGCGAGCUCAGCUGUUGACAUCUCUAUCUUGUGAUGCAGAUCUCCUGCGUGAGAGAUUUCAGGAGCGGGCUCGGAGCGGGUUUGAGAGGUAUUUUUCACCGGAGCAGAUUGUGGAGUUUAGGCUGGAGAUGAGAAAUUCAGAUCAAGUCAUCGGAGACGGUCAGAGCAGAGGUGAGCCUUCCCGUAAUGAAGAUCAGUGCUUAGGAUGUCGUGGGGGGGCUGCUACAAAUGAGGCCAGUGUCGGAAAUGGCCUCAUUGACUGGCCAGAUGUCUCGUUGAGCUCGAAGAAUGGUCAUAUCAACAGUUUUAAGGCCAAGGAGGAGAUGAAAGACCUUCCACAGGACAAUGCCGAAACAGAGGCUCCAAGCCCUGAAACACCAGAAUGGGCGAAAGAAGCACAGAGAAUUGAAGACGAAAAAGCCAAGCUGGCUUGGUGGGCGAUGGCCUCGGGGGGUAAGACUCGAACGAUAGAUGAUAUUGAGAAAGAACGCAAGAUACGGCAAGAGAGUGCUGGGGAGGUGAAUCGGUAUGUUUAG